AGAGCCAAAGAUGUCAGCUCGGUCAUGUGAUCAGCUGUGUCCAAUCACAGCCGAUCACAUGUAAACAGGGAAAUGCCGGUUAUCUGCAUUUCUCUCCCCUUGAGCUGUCACACUGACAGCUCCACUGAUGAUCAGUGUGCCCUGAUGAUCUGUGUAGCCCCAGCAGCGACACCUGUCAGUGUCCAUCAGUGCCAGCUCUCAGUGCUCAUCCAUGCCACCUGCCAGUGCCCAGCAAUGCCACAUUUCAGUGCCCAUCAGUGCCACAUCAAUGCCACAUAUCAGUGCCCACCUGAGCUGCCUUUCAGUGUCACCCAUCAGUGCCACCUAUCAAUGCCAGUCAGUGCCACCUAUCAGUGCUGCCAAUCAGUGCCAUCUAUCAGUGCCAGUCAGUGCCGCCUAUCAGUGCCAGUCAGUGCCACCUAUCAGUGUGCAGCAGUGCCGCCUAUCAGUGCCCGUCAGUGCUGCUUAUCAGUG